UGCAGCUGCUCCCUCGUCCUCACAUCAGCAAAUGAGCUGCUCGCGCCGAGCACUGGAUACUCUUGCUGGCCAACACUAGAGCCGGCGGUUAGAUUCCAAGCUCCGUUAUCGCCCUGGGCUCACGUGUCCUCGUCCCUGCGCGAUGUGUGAAAAUAGAGCUCCGGCCGAGCCAUAACAGGCACCAUCUCUUGUCAUCCUGCUCGUGCUGCUCGACUCGAGACUCAGCUAGGCGUACAGCGUGCAGGGCGUCGGAGAAUCGCGCUUCUCACUUGGAAUGAAGGGAACGAGGGCGAGCGAGCGCGAAAGCAAGAGAAAGACUCAGAGCCCUGACGCCGAUGGCGGCGGCGGGAGGCCUCCGGGCCGGGAGACUCUCUGCCGAGUCUGUCUCCACUCCAAUCACGAUGAGCAAAUCGCCCAAGCGCUCGCUGGAAUUUAUCGACGCCGAAGUGUCCGCUCCGUUCUCGGUCAACGCGACGGCGGUGAACACGCCCGCGGGGCCGUCCCGCGCACCCUCUCCCAAGCUUGAUGUCGAGAAGGGUCACAAGACCAAGGCCGACGGCGCGGUGCAUGUCCGCCCCGCUAAGCGAAACAUGACCGAGGUCGACAAGGUCGAAUACCUCACACACCAGGUCGAGCAUGGCGAGCAGAAAUUCCACAAGCUCGGAUGGAUCCAGCUCGUCGUCGUGCUCAUCGUCGAGGCUAUUGCGCUCGGCUCCCUUUCCCUCCCAGCUGCGUUCGCCACCCUUGGCAUGGUUGCUGGCGUCAUCAUUACCGUCGGCAUUGGGUUCCUGGCAAUCUACACCUCCUAUAUCAUCGGCCAAGUCAAGAUCAAGUAUCCCCAGGUCAAGCACUACGACGACGUGGGCCCGCUGCUCGGCGGCCCCGGCGUGCUCGGAAAGGUGUUCCGCGGCCUGCUCAUGUUCGGCUUCGUCGCCUACCUCAUCUGCCUGGUCGGCUCGCACUGCUUGACUGGCACGAUCGCGUUCCAGACCAUCACCCGUGUCGACAUCUGCUCGAUUGUCUGGGGCGUCGUCUCCAUGGUGCUCCUCUUCAUCUGUGCGCUGCCGCCCUCGUUCGCGGAAAUGGCUGUGCUCGGCUACGUCGACUUUGUGUCCAUCAUCGCCGCCAUCCUCAUCACCCUCAUCGCGACGGGCAUCAAAGCGAACGGGCAGCCAGGGUCAUUCGGCGCCGUCGACUGGUCCGCGUGGCCAAAGGAGGGCACGACGUUCGCGAGCGCCAUGGUCGCUGUGUCGAAUGUCGUGUUUGCUUACUCAUUCGCUAUUUGCCAGUUCUCGUUCAUGGAGGAGAUGCACACGCCCAAGGACUUCAAGAAGUCCGUUUGGGUGCUCGGCCUGACCGAGAUCGUCAUCUACACGUGCACCGGUGCGCUCGGCUACGCGUUCAUCGGCAAGAGCGUCAAGUCGCCCGCCCUUCUUUCUGCAGGCGACACGGUGUCGCGCGUCGCCUUCGGCGUCGCGAUCCCCGUCAUCAUCAUCUCGGGCUCGAUCAACACUGUCACAGCCGGCCGCUUCACCAUCGACAAGCUCUUCAGCAACUCGACCAUCCGGUAUGUGUCCGAUGCGCGUGGCUGGGCCGUCUGGAUCGGGUGGGCGACGAUCGCGAGCAUCGUCGCGUGGAUCAUCGCCGAGGCGAUUCCAUUCUUCUCCGCCCUCCUGGCCAUUAUCUCCGCGCUCUUCAUUUCGGGCUUUAGCUUCUACGUGCCCGGAUUCAUGUGGUUCGUCCUGGUGAAGGAGGGCAAGUGGCACCACGGGUGGAAGAACAUCACGCUCUCUGUGCUCAACGUCGUGUGCAUCGUCGUUGGAGUGGUGUGCCUGGGCUGUGGCACAUAUGGAGCCGUCGAGGACAUCCGCCUCUCGUACAAGCUUGGCACUGUCGGCUCGCCCUUCUCGUGUAACAAGGCCUAGGCGGUUCCAAAGUAGAAAUGUAGAGUACUCAUAGACCAGCUAGACGCUCGGCUCAGGUGGGCCUUGUAUGCAUCAUAUCUGUUAA